GCCUGUUUGCGGCGGGUUAACCAACGAGCGGCGCGCUGCCUCAAGGAGGGAGCUGGUCCUCCAGUAUCCCAGAGUGCAGCGCGGCGUCAGUGGCGUCGUUCGCUCCCCCCGCCACCACCCGCUCCUGUCGUCUUUCCCUCAGCCGCCGGCCGCCAUGUUGUGCUAGCUUGCUUCGAGCUCCUCGGCGGCGGGCGCUCAACCACCCACCCACCUCCCUCCCUCACAGCGCGGCGGGGCCGAGAGAAGCAGGCGGGGCGCGGGGGUCCUCGCAGGGGCCCGACGCCAUGGCAGCUGCCUUGGGAGGAGGAGGGGACGGAGGAGCAGAUGAUGACUUUGAUCAGUUCGAUAAGCCUGGUGCGGAAAGAUCUUGGAGGAGGAGAACUGGAGAUGAAGACUGGGACAGUGAAUUAGACGAUGACUUGCUAGGAGAAGAUUUGCUGGCUGGCAAAAAGACGCAGUCAGAUAUGUCAGAUGAAGAAUUGAAUGAUGAUCUUCUACAGAGUGACAACGAAGAGGACCAACAUUUCAGCACUCAAGGUGUCACAGUUAGUCUUAAUGCUACAUCUGAAGUAGCUACAUCCUUUGAACUCUCGGAGCAUGCCAAUGAUCAGUCUGUUGAACAAGAUUCAGAGUAUGAACAAGGGGAGGAUGAACUGGGCUAUGACAAAUCAGAAGUGCCUGAAGAGUAUUCUGGGGAAUACACAGAAGAAGGGCAGUAUGAAGGCCAAGAGGCUGAGCUGACAGAAGACCAAAUAGAAUAUGGGGAAGAUCAGGGAGAAGAAGAGAUUUAUAAUGAUGGAGUGCUAGAUCUCGAAAUCAAUGAACCUCUAGAUGAUUUUACAGAUGAAGAUUAUAUACAGUCCUACAGUGAGCAGCAAGCAAUUGAACAGCAAGAAUAUGUAGCUGAAGAAGAAUUGGAGGAGGUUGCUGACACCCAGACACCUCCAAAUGAGUCGGAAGAGGCGGUUAUUGAAAACCUAGAGCUUCAAGAAGAAACCAAAGAAGAGUCUGAUGAAGAAGAGGAAGAUGACGAAGAAUCUGGUCGAUUACGUUUCAAAACUGAACGGAAAGAAGGAACAAUCAUUAGACUUUCGGAUGUAACAAGAGAGCGAAGAAACAUUCCAGAAACUUUGGAACUUUCUGCAGAAGCCAAAGCAGCGUUAUUUGAAUUUGAAGAGAGGGAAAGGCAAAUGAAGCAGGGGCGUUAUGGCUCAAGAAGAGGAGGAGGAGGAGGAGGAAGGAGAGGAGGGCCUUUAAUGUGUCGUGGGAUGGGAGAACAAAGAAGAGACAACAAUGAAAGGGGAAGAAUGAAGGAUCACAGGCCUGCGUUGCUGUCGACCCAGACAUCUGUUACGACACAUUCGGAAAGGAUAUUUCGUCAUCAACAGCCCAUUAGGAAUCUCUUCCAGCAGCAGCACCAGCAGCAGCAACAGCAACAGCAGCAGCAACAACAGUUGCAGGGGCUGUUACCCAUUCCCCCUCAGCUUCAUACGCCACCUCCGCCUCAAGGGAUGCAUAUGCCACCCCAGCUAGAAGCACCAAGAAUGCUGAUGAAUCCUCCUCCAGUGACAUCUCAGCAGCCCAAAAACAUACAUAUAAACCCACACUUCAAAGGAACUGUAGUAACACCUGUGCAAGUGCCCUUGCUGCCAGUCCCAAACCAGCCAAGACCUGCUGUAGGACCCCAGAGAUUUCCUGGUCCUCCAGAGUUUCAGCAGAAUCCCCCUGGACCUGUUCCUACCAACUUCAAUCAAGCCCCAAGACUCUCCCUCCAGGAUCAAUGGAGAGGACCACCACCGCCUCUGCCACCACCACCUCCACAGGAUAGAGAGCCUUUCUUCAUGGGAGAGCCAAGAUUUCCCAGCCACCACCUGUUUGAGCAGCGGAGCCCUCCUCCUCCUCUACCGCCCCCACUCCUCAACAGCGCCCACCCCAUUCCCAACCAAAACCCGCACCCUUUCAGCCAGCCUGGACCAGGUUUUAACCAGCAGGGGCAGCAGCACAUGUUCCCCAGAGAGAGGAUGGUGAGGCCAAACAUUCAGCCACAGGGCCCCGUGGGAGUCCUUCACUUCAACCAGCCUGGAGCAGCAAACGCACGACCUUUCCUCCCUCCCAGGCAGUCGUUCAUGCAGGUGCCAGGCCAGCCGUUUUUGACAACUCUCACGCAGCCCAACAUGCAGGGUCCCUUGCACCCUCCUUUGCAGCCACAGCAUCAGCAGCAUCAGCAGCCGCCGCAACAGCACCAUCCACAGCCGCAUCAACAGCAUCCGCAGUCACAUCAGCAGCAUCCGCAGUCACAUCAGCAGCAUCCACAAACAGCCCAGCAGCACCACCAGCAGCAUCAACCACACCAGCAGCACCAGCCACACCAGCAGCAGCACCACCUCCUUGCAGUGCCCCCCCAGCCUCUGAUUUCUGUUGCCCCAUCCCAGUAUAGACCUCACAUGCAGGCACAGCAGCAACAGUCAAGCAGCAAUCGGAUGCAGUGUCAGCAACGACAAGGUCUGGUAAAGGCCAGGCAUAACACACCAACACAAAACAUGGUGAAGCGUCCAAAUCAGCAACUCCAGUCACCUGCUCAAAGGAACAGUAAUUUGCGGGAAUUGCCGAUAGCACCUUUGCAUGCAAUUGAGGCUGCUAACAACCGAAGAACCUCAGCACCUGCUGCUCAAGUAAAACCCAUUACCAGUACCAUGCCUACUGCAAGGCCUGUUGCUAGUGUGAAGAACCAACAGGGAAGGACUGAGACAAAGCCUAGAGCAGUUAUUCCAGUGGCACAACCUAAAGUGGAGAUCAAAUCUGAGCCAGAGUUUCCUGAUGAAGAUGAAGAAACCAGACUCUACCGUUUAAAGAUAGAAGAACAGAAACGCCUCAGAGAAGAGAUCUUGAAACAAAAGGAGCUCAGGCGGCAACUUCAGGCUGGAGCUAGAAAAAGAGAGUUGCUUGAAAGGCUCGCACAGCAGCAGCAGUCUUCAACACAACAACAGGAGGAAGAAACUUCACAGUUGCCCACCAAUGGAAAUCCAUUGCUUCCCCUUCCUGGUGCACAGCCUCGCCAAAAUGUGAAAUGCAGGCUGAUGGUUAAAAAGCAAGACCCAGUAGCUCCAAACCCCCCUGCUUUUCAGCCUAAGCCCCCAAAUAUUCCGCAGGCUGGAGAUAAUGCACAGUUUCAAGGACAGCAAAUAAAAACAGUGAAGCAGCUAAGACAGGCUAGGACAGUGCCCGAAAAUGAGCUCCAGCUGCCAUACAAAGGGUUGCAAACAAAGCCUCCUGCAGCCCACUUGAACCCAUCCCAGAUUGCUCGUGUGGCAUCAGUACAAGGCCAGCCUCAGGAACUGAAGCCUGGGGUGAAAAGAACUGUCAUGCAGCGGGCAAACAGUGGUAGUGGAGAUGGGCCCCAUGUCGGCACCAAAGUCAGGGUGAUUAAAUUGUCAGGAGGGGGUGGUGAGAACGUUGGCUUUUCUCACUCCGACCUGCCACACCACCGGCUACAGCAGCCCCUGGACCAAAGACACCAGCCUGUGCGGAAGGUCACGUUGACAAAAGGAACAAUACAGCAACCACAUCAGCACCAGCUGGCACAGAUCCACUCACUUCCCCAGGGGCUGAAAAACAUCCCGGGGAUACAUCAGGCAAAGAAGGUCAUUACGCACGGGAGAGGCAGAGGCAUUGCGGGCCAGAUGGGCCGAGGACGCUUGAUGCCAAAUAAACAGAAUCUGCGAGUGGUAGAGUGCAAACCACAGCCCUGCAUUGUGUCAGUUGAAGGGCUUUCUUCAUCAACCACGGAUGUCCAACUGAAAAACCUGCUGAUGUCGGUAGGACCUAUUCAGAGUUUACAGAUGCUUCCUCAACAGCGGAAGGCCAUAGCAAAAUUUAAAGAGCCCUCUGAUGCGUUGAAAUUUCAACAGAAGUUUCACAGGCAUAUGAUAGAUUUGUCCCACAUCAACGUGGCACUGAUAGUGGAGUGACCUGCUGAACGCAACUGGUCUGUUCUUCUACAUGUAGCUUCCUUUGAAGGAAGUCGCAAGACAGGAUCUCUUCGCGAUCUCCAAUGCCAGCUUUGCAGUGCCCCCCUGAAACUUCAGACUACUCUGUGACACUACAGACAGCAGCAGCUUUGUUGCAGUGGAAGCUAGAGUUAAGAAGGAUCCAGAAACGGAGAGUUUUGUAUUGGCUUUCUUUUACCGUGUUGACACAUGGAGCUAUAGGUCUCGUGUCCUUGUGCACAAAUGUGCGUACACAGUUGUUUUUUUGAGAAAUAUGAUCACAGUGACUCAGAUUCAAAGAACACUAACUUUGAAAUUUUUUAUGCUUCUUCAUAGCAAAGAAUAUUUGAUAAUGGUUGCUCUUAUCUUCCAUGUGGGGUGUUGGAAUGAGAUGGUGUCCAUACCUAUCCGGAUAUUUUUUUUUAGCUAAGUAGAUAGAAUAAAACAUGGGCUGUGUAAUUUGUUGGUAUUUUUCCAAGAGUUCAUUCUUGAAAGCUCUUAACCCCAGUGAGGUGAAGCCAACAAUAUGGAGUACUGUGCAUGCUCUCAACCUUUUUCCCUUUCCAACAUCACCUUGUAGGAAUAACCUUCCCCUUUUCUUCUCCUGGCUUAACAAGUCUCUCCUUCCCAGAGUAUCUGAAAGGCAGGACUAUUAGCAUUCUUUUAUUAUAUCUUAGAUUGCCUUCAAAGGCGAUUGCAGGAUGUCAGGGUGGGGGUGGGAACCUGUACAUGUUUACAUUCAAUAUAACACUAGUAGUAGUAUUCAACGAAACAAGAUUCAUUCCUGGCAGGCAGUUAUGAAUGGUACCAUUAUUUUGAUUAGCUUCUUUCCUUGAGAUUGUCUUGGUAUAAUAAUUUUCAGCAAAGACUGCAUAAUGGCAGAGGCUGUUGAAUUGAACAAGUUGAACUUACAAAGACUUUUUAUUCCAUGGGAUGCCAGGAUGGUCUAAAAAUUAUGUGCAGACUUCAAGGAAACUGUGUUUUGUGUAAGAAGUAAAGCUUUUUUCAUUGUAUCCUGCUUGUUUCUUCCAAAGGAAGGGAUCUUUUUGUUACCAAAAGCUCCUUUGUACCCCAAUGUCUUUUGGGGAGAGAGAGAGCUUCCUCUAGAAAUAUUUUUCAGUGCUAAUAUAUUAGGCAACUGCCAGAAUGGCAAAAUUACAGAUAAUAAUCUGUAAUUAGAAAGCAACUACAAGCAUUUUGUGUGCGUGCGUGCGUGCGUGCGUGCGUGUGUGUUGGCUAGAAUAAAAACGUUAGAGCAGGAGAAAGAAUUACCAUUUAAAAAUACUAUUUAAGGCUUGCAUUUUAAGUGAAAUUAUAAACUGGUUUGUUUUUUUAAAAAACCCAAACUCUAUAUACAGGUAGGAUUUUAAAAACUGAAUUCUGAAUUAAGAUGAAGCAGUUAAGCUAUAAACAUUGUCAUGUCGUUUAAUGGCAAAAUAGCUUUCUUUCCCCUCUGGAAAUUUUGCAGGAGUAGCUUUAUUAGUGUGAUGUGGUAGUAAAAGUUGGAUCAUUUUAAUUGUGUUUUUAAUGACUAGCUAGUAAGCACCCUCCUGCUCCUUUUGAAGUGCUCCAGAGAUCCGUGCUGUGGGGGUGAGUUUUGUUUUCCUUUGCUGUCUUAUGCCUUUCAUUUUUGCUUCUUAGUCUUAGUUCAUGAUGGAUGGCUUAGUUUCCCUCUGCUCAAGAGCGCUUCAAAGGUUUACAGGCAUCGAGCAUUGUUCAUAACUGAACGGACUGUACUCAACCUCCCAAGUCCUUGUGCAGAUGCUAAGCUUGCCGUUUAGGGAUGAUUUAAAAAUUAUUCACAAAGCUUGGAUCUUCAUCCCACUGUGCAGCUACAGCUUCUCAGUAACAAAUAAUAGACUUGGCAAAAAACAAAACAAAAACCAAUGGAUUGGUCAAGGUGGUGGUUGAACUGCCUGGGAUGUGGGCAACUUUAAUGAGCUGAGCUCCGUAGCGAGCAAGACUUCGUUGGUUUGGCUUUGUAAAUGUGCGGAUUUCAUGGUGCCUAAUCUUCCAGUUCAGAUCUGCUGGUGUCAACGGGACUUGUGCUUAAGGAAAUUGUGAGGUUUUGUUGUUCAGCUGUUUACAGGUUUCAAACCUCUCUGUCCAUAGGCUGUGGUAUGGCAUUUAAUGCGGUUUGUGCUUUGGUCUGAGUAAAGUGUAGACACGUUUGUCUGACCUCAUCUGUUACAGGCUAUAGUGUAUGCAGUGUGCGUGCACACACACAGCAUUUCCACACAGGAACAUUCCUGUUUGGUUAUAGAAAGAGGGAGAAGCGUACAAUUCUUUCCCCUAGCAGCGGAGAACCUGUGAUCUGGGUGGCAGGCACCCAGCCUCUGGGCUGAAUUAUCAUUAAGAUAGUGUAAUAAUAUAUCUUGAUUGAUUAAUGCUCACUUGGAACCGGAUAUGUUGGCAGGAUCACAGGGCGGCUUUUCUUUCUUUUCCCCCCCUUUCCUUUUCCGUUUUUUGACGUGCUCUCCGCAAAAGCAAAAUCACAGUUAAGAACAGGAGGCCCUGUCCUUUGUACAAUGUUUCCCCAGUUUAAUUUUUGUAGAAGAUCUGUUGCAACCAUUAUCUUGUUCUUUCUGUAUCAUGCAUUUGAAAUAAGAUGUGAAAUGCAAGAAUUGCAUUUAAUGUAUUAUGUAAAUAAGGGACUUUUAAACAAAAUGUAAAUGAAGCUCUUUCUGCACUUGCUAAUUCAGCCACAUCAAAGCUUAUUUGGUGGGGAAGGGGGUGUUGUUGUCUUAUCAAAGUUGAGCGGAAGUAGUUCCAUAAAUGUUGUUUUUUUUGGUGUAACUCUUCAACUUUUUUUUUUAUAAAGAUGCUAGUAAGUCAAUACAUAUAUCCUGACCUGUGUAUUAUUUGUCCAUAAACUUUCAGAAACCUGGAAUGGAUAUUUAGCCAGUGAAUACUAUCAGUGGAAUAUUCCCCCCCCCUCGUUUUUUUCUUUUCACUUAAAUUUGCAACAUUUCCUAGUAUACCUCAGUUCAUGUCCUUGCUAACAAAAAGGUGCAGCCAGCUUACAUGUGAUACUGGAAUAGAAAUUACGGUUUUAUAGCAAUGAACAAUACGGUAAAUAAGCUAAAUGGGAAAUCUGUCGUUUUUACAGGGGUUUGUGUGUUUUUAAUUUGGGCAAGGGAGCUUUUUAGGUUUGGUAACCUUCAUUUAUGAAAUAUAUUUACCUGCUGGAUAAUAGUGUUUCUAUCAAGACUGUGAAAUGGAGGUUGUUUACUUCAUUCUCAUGAUGCAGACGGGAACUUGCACCAAUCCUCCCUGUAUCAGUAUUGUGUUUUAACACUCCUUCAAACUAUCAGAAGAGUUUUUGUUAUAAUGUUGAGCAUAAAGGAGAGAUACUCAACUUAAGUGAGUUUAUAAAUAGCGGUUUCCCCCCCUAAUGCUCGGGCCUUGAACUAUAGAGGCUAAACAUAAAGUUUAAUUAGCUAGGGAACAAUAUAUAAAAUACAUGUUGCUGCAAUCUACAACCCACAUCACAAUAGAUUUUUUGAAUAGUUCUAAUGUCCCACGGACCAAAAAGGAGGAGGAGGAAUAACUGGCCUCUGACUUCCAUUCCCUUGGUCAGGGAUGAGGAAUCUUUGUUUCUCCGUAUGUUGCUGGACUACAACUCCCAUCAUCCCUCACCAUUAGCCAUGCUGGCUGAGGCCAAUGGGAGUUGGAGUCAAACAACAUCUGGCAGGCCCCAGGGUCCCAGUCCUUCCCUGUUGGUGGUAUAAUACCACAAAAUAAAUGGCAAGUCUCAAUCACUAAUGAAGAGAAUUAGGGUGAGUCUAUAUGAUCAUUUAUGUGGAGAAAUAUUGGCAUGAGAUGACAUUUCCCCUUCAUUUUUUAUUGGUUGUUUGUUCCUAUCAUGAGCCCCACAUGGGGAAAUCAAGAGGGAGCACAUUGUUUUUAGCUGAUCUUUCAUGGUACCAUGUGUCCUUACCAUGGGAGCAUGUACCCAAAGUGGCCAACGCUAAAGAAAUGAAGAGUUAAUGUCACCUUGUGGUGAUACUUUCCCCGGUAAAAAUUGAUACUGAAAACUUGCUCUUUAUAGUUUCACCACAUUUUACUUGUGGCUUUUAUCCGCAACUUAAUCAGCCUUGACAGCCAGUUUCCCAAAGAUAUAGCCUGACAUUUUUAGCUGGCAUCAGAUGGCCGUCAGAUUGACUUAGACCCAUGGGGUACACUUUAGAUACUAGCUCAGUACUAAAUAUUUUAGCUUAAUAAUUUUUUGCUACGCUUCCUUUCCAAAUCCCACCAUUAUAUUCUUCAUCUGGAGAACCUUGUAACUUGCCCAAGAAUCUUUUUGCUAGCAUGUGGAAAGGGAAUGAGAUGUUCUUCCUUAACCCUCGCCUUUCCUGGAUAGGCUCAUAGUCCCAUGGAUGUUAUACAGGCGUCUCCCCACUUAACACAGGGGUUACGUCCCUGGGUACUGCGUGUAUAUGUGAAAUUGUGUAUGUGGUUGGGGCGGGGGACAUCACCUAUGAAGUCUGUAAACAUCCUCUAAACCUCUGGAAACCCUUGGGGAAAAACCCUUUAGAAAACCAACAGCACAUAACAAAAACUCUGCCAAAGAUCCAUCAAACUCUACCACAGUCGCUCCCUCCUUUCUCAAAUUCCAACUCCCCAUAGGCCUCAAAGAUCAGUGCAAAGGAUCCUGGAAUAGCUAGCUGUUUUCUCCACUCUUUGUGCGCCAUUUUUGAAGUUUUCCCAAUCUUUUGGGGCCGCUUUUGUGCCUUUUUUCGGUUUUAAUCAGUUUAGUUUAUUAUUUCCCAGUGUUGUGCAUAUACCCAGUCGUGCAUGAGUCCGACGUGCAUAAGUGGGGAGACGCCCGUAUUGCCCUGUUCCAUUGGCCUUCCAUUACAUGAGCGCUUACGCAAAGUCUUUAAGUUACUGGCCUCUCAUACCUCACUGAUGGACAACCCUUUCUUGUGUCUUUCUUUGAUCACUUGCUUACAUAACCUGUCUUACUGUCUUCUUAGCUUUAUUUUGCAGCAGCAAUUUUGGACAAAAUGAAGAUUUCCUUAAGAGACAACCGAGGGUUACAAUUAGGUUUUAACCCAUAGGGUACCUCUAGACUUGUUGAGGGCUUACCUGUGGAAUGUUGCGUUAGCAUUGCUCUUUUUACAUCAGGAUGAAUUUAUAAUCCCAAUGCUAUAAGAGGAUUAUUUCAGUAGUAUUAAAUCCUAAGGAUUUUACGUAAGGUUUUUUUGAUAACCUAUUUAAUCUUUUUUUUAAAACGAGCUCGUUUAGCUACCUAUAUAAGCCUGGAGGGCUUAUUUACAUACCACUGAUUCACAUUGAAUCUCAUGUAUACCAGCUUCUGGUAUUUAUACUUCUGUCUGGGGAGAAUUUCUCUUGGGGUGGGGGAUAUUCAGCGGGUUUAUUCCAUGCUCAGCUUUGGGAGAAGUGUCACUUUUCACAUUACAUGAAAGUUUUGUGUAGAAGGUCAACUUUCUAAAGAAAUAACAAUAAUAAUGAAUUGCCUCUCUUCCUCAUUGGGUUGGAUGUAGAGCCGAUAAAAAGAAGGCAACCUGUGAACACGUGCUGAUUUUUCAGAAGGUCAUUGUUAGAGGUUAUUAGCACAUGCUGACAAACUGGGAAGCUAAAUCCAUAAAACCCAAUUAAA